AUGCGCUGUCGAGUAGGGCUCGCUAUGAUCCUGGGCACAACAAAAGGGUGGAUCCCGGUACUUGGGAGUACAGCCACGUGGACUACGACAUGCUCAAGCGAGGCGGAUCAGGUAUGGCAGGCCACUUGCCCAGUGCGCACGGCAAAGAACACCAUCUACAUGUCCCCAACAGGAAUGACAUCCGCACAGAUCAACGCUGACGAGAACAACGCCGCUGUGGCCUACAAAACAGCACGCCAGAGUGCGCUCAAAUUGAGUGCUGUUGCGGGCAAUACUGCCAUGUCUGGGAUGCGCAAGAAGAGCGAUAAUUGGUACAAGCAGUCGCUAGUGAGCUUUGUCACCUACAUCUGCGUGAAAUCCUCGUCGGAAGCCGAACUGGAGCGCUGCGUCAACUCCUCAAGUAGCGAUGCAGUGCGCGACAUCAACGGCAAGUGUGUUGUUAUGCUUGAUGCCGACUCCUGCAACAGCAAGGGCAAAUGCGAGCGCCAGAGCAAUUGCAAGUGGGACGACGUUGUGCCUGGCGGGUCAGAAGCCCGUCGCCAACUUUUUACUGAUGCAGAAGUUAUUACUGCGACAAAGUGGAUGUCAACGGGCUAUCCCAGCUCAUUGGCACCUUUCGUGGCCCCUGGCACGGUCAUGGGUGUCCUCACGGCGUUGGGCUGCAUUGGUUUUGUGGUGCUUCGUUGUGUUUUCAACCGCUGUGGUGGACGCGAGCCCAACGAAAAGGGCUACACACGCUGCGAUAUCAUUGCUCCUACGCUCACCUUCCUUGUGUGUUCUCUGGCAGUCUUCAUCUGCAUGGUUGUCACAGCAGCGCUGAACACGAACAUCUCGGAUGGUGUCGAAGACGUGCUGUACUCGCUGAAAGCAACUCUGGAGAACGCAAACAUCUUCGUGUCCAACCUGCUCACUCCACUGAGUAAUGCCACGACGGAGCUUACUGCUGCGUCGACGGCGACGUUCUGCUUAGCCUGCCCCGACAGAGUGUGCGGCUCUCCUGUCACGUUCUUCGUCAACAACACUGCCGCUGCUAUAUCUGCUAGCAGCGAUGUGGUUGGAGAUAUUGUCAACUUGUUGCAAAGCUCAUUUGUAUCUGGUGGUAGCACCCUCAAUUCAACUUUGCGCACAGCAGUACGGGAUUUGAAGGCGCUGGGUGCGACGACUAACAGCUCCAUGGAUAUUGUGGAUGUGCUCACCGCCACGUUUAACGACUUGUCCUUCUCUCGCAGCGCACUUGUGGUUUGUGUCUUCUUUUUCGGAACAAUCGCGUCGAUUGUGGGCAUCAUUGCCAUCGUCAAGAACGCAUGCACCAGCAAGACGACCAAAUGGGUACACUUGCUCCACGUCAGCUGGUCCCUGGGCGUGCUAGUGUGUGUGCUGAGCUUUGUCCUCUCAGCGUCCCUUCUCGCUGUCGGCGCUGUGUGGUAUGAUUCGUGUGAAUACAUGAAAUUGCUGCACCAGGAUAUGUCACCAUACGCAUCGACACAGAUGGCCACCGUGGCGAAUGCAUGCUUCAACGGCAGCAACAUCUUAGCGCCACUGGGCCUUGAUACUCCGCUGGCUUUCUCGUGCAACGUAGAAGAUGAAUACAAGGAUCUUCAGGGAGCAGACACGACCAGUCUGCCAAGUAUCGUCUCGACAUACGGCGAGAUUGUCUCUAACUAUGAUCUCACCGACUUCAGCUUUAACUCGACGAAGGCGCGAAGCCUAGUGUCCAAGCUUUCCACAGCAGCUGAGGCUGCGAAGAAAAAAACGGUUGUGAAGUUCACCCAAGAGAAUGUGUUGACGCCUUGGCUGGCGUACAACGAGCUGGCUACAUCCUAUGGCUGUACAAACAGAACCAUCGACGAACUGCCCGUGUGUUACAUGACCGGUCUGUGUGAAUCCGACACGACAGCUAAGACUACUACGCAAGCUUCCUGCCAGCUCGCCUUCUACGAGGCGUACGAGUACUUGGUGGCCUUCGACAAGGCAAGUACGAUGCUGGACGAGAUGCGCGAAGUUCUACUUGGUGACACGGGCAAAACGUUCCCUGACCAGUGGAACUACUCAGUCUCCAUCAGCGAGUUCGCCAUUAACUACUUCACAAAGAUCACGGCUCUAAAGACCGGUGUGCUAUCGAAGAUGCUGGGCGAAAAUGGUGCUGUGCGCAACCUGCUGACUGCUGUGGAGCAGACGCGCUGCUCUGGCGACUGCGCGUGGGCGAAUCUCUCGUUCGACGCCAUUAACGAGGCGCUCUGCAACAACGUUCUGGGCACGACGCUGGCUAUCUCUCUCUGCGCGCUAUUUAUGAGUGUGUUUCUAUUGCCACUCAUCAUCUCGGCCAUUAUCCUGCAAAAGCGCCUGCGCGGAGUGGCCAAGGGCACUUACGACCAGCUGGAGGCGAGGUUGCAGGAGCUGGAGCGCCGCGCCAAGCAGCAGAAGGCUGAGAGCGAGGGCAUCGGUGGCGAGAGCGCCAAACGAGUGGGCGGCCUCAGUGCGCUCGGCGGACUGCUCAAGGGCAAGAAGGUUCAGCAGCCUAGCAGCCCCUAA